AUGCCUUUUCUGAAACUUGUGACAUUCAGUUGGAAAUCUCAGUGGGAGUGGAAGGAAUCUCUGUUGGGAAGAGAAGGGAGACCUACAAUGGAAGAAGCUGGACAGGACCCAUUGGAUGAUGUGCAGGAGGUGAUGGAAAUACCGAAACUAGAAGUCACAAAGCAGAAACUGGACUCUCUGAACUCAGACCUUGAAAAGGACCUGCAGAGAAUGGAUGAGGCAAAUCAGGUUCUUCUCAAAAAAAUUCAAGAGAAAGAAGAAACCAUUCGAAGUCUGGAAAGAGAUAUCAUGCUGUCGGUCAGACAAGCCAGAGAGAGGGAGGAGCUGAACCACCUCAUAUCUGAGAGGGAGGAAGCCCUACGGGACCUGGAAUUAGAGACGGCAAAGCUGGAAAAAAAUAAGGAAAUUCUAAGCAGGAGCGUGGUGGAGGUGCAGAAGGAGAUUUCAAAGAAAUCUAAGAAUGUUGGCCUGGAUAAAGAAGCCCUAAAGCAGAUGUUGGCAGAACUGAAGGUGAAACUACAGGAGUCAACAGAAUCCUGCGCCAGUCAAGAGGAGGAAUUGGUCAAGAUAGAGAGUGACUACCAAUCUGUGUAUGAGCUCUGUGAGGAUCAGGCCCACUACAUAAAGAAAUACCAAGAAAUUCUGAGACAGAUGGAAAAGGAAAAGGAGAUGCUGCUUCUCGAAAACGAAGUAUGCAAAGCCCAGAACAACUCCGCCCAGGUAGUGAAACAGGGGUCAACUCUGGUGGAGACCAUCCAAAGCAAUAUGGAGAAGACCAUCAUUAAGAAACAGAAGAGAAUCUUUUGGUACCGGCAUUUCAGGUAUUUUAUCUUCAUGGUCAUCAUCUUCUUUAGGCUGCUGGGUUACGUGCUUUUCUACCUGCAGUACAUAAACCCAGACCUCCUUGUGGAUGCCCUGCCUGUGGUCAUGAGCAGAGACACCUUGAAGAAGCUGAGGGAUGCCUUACUUCCCUUCCUCACUCUAGAGGUGGAAGAAGUUCUACCACAUUAG